UCUCCUGGCGCUCCUCCCUCCCUCAUCUUGCAGCUGCCGCUCGCGCKUCCAAAGAAACUUCGCUAGUUUCUGCUCUUUCUUUGAGAGGACMCAGACAGCUGCCCUGUGUGACCCAGCAGCUCACAGUUAAUAAUCAUGGUCCAGGCUAAGUCAUGGACUCUGGCCAAACACUUUGACGGCUUUCCAAAGGAUAGUGACUUUCAUCUGAAGGUGGAGGAGCUUCCUGAGCCCAGAGAUGGAGAGGUGCUUUUGGAAUCGGUUUUUCUCAGUGUGGAUCCAUACAUGAGGCCAUACAGCAGGUCUCGCAUGAAGGAGGGAGAUGUGAUGAUUGGAACUCAAGUGGCAAAAGUAAUCCAAAGUAAAAACCCAGCCUUUCCAGUUGGAAGUCACGUUGUGAGCAGUUAUGGUUGGAGAACCCAUGCAGUCAGUGAUGGGACGGACCUGACUCCCAUCAUGCCCAGCUGGCCUCAGGACGUCUCACUGUCUUUGGCUCUUGGCACCGUGGGCAUGCCAGGACUGACGGCUCUGUACGGGAUAGAGGAAGUUCUGGCUCUGCAGAAAGGCGAGACUCUGCUGGUGAACGCUGCAGCCGGAGCCGUGGGCUCUGUGGUGGGACAGAUCGCCAAGAUCAAGGGCUGCAAGGUGGUGGGUUCAGCUGGCUCCGACGCUAAAGUCGCCUACCUGAAGGAGCUGGGAUUCGACGAGGCCUUCAACUACAAAACCGUCAGUUCCCUGGAUGAGGCUCUGAAGAAGGCCUCUCCUGACGGAUACGACUGCCUCUUUGAAAACGUUGGAGGUCAUUUCUCUACUGUUGCUCUUCAGCACAUGAAGAACUUUGGAAGAAUAGCCGUGUGUGGGAGCAUCUCUGUGUACAACGACGCCACGCCUCAGACAGGGCCGUACCCACACUUGAUGAUAAUCUUCAAGCAGCUCAAGAUGGAGGGUUUCCUGCAGAGCAGGUGGGCGCACAAACACCCCGAGAGCCUGAAGAGACUGAUGGCGUGGGUUAAAGAGGGGAAACUGCAGCAUCGAGAACAUGUCACUAAAGGUUUUGAAAACAUGCCAGCUGCUUUUAUGGGGAUGCUGCAGGGAGAAAACACCGGCAAGGCAGUCAUCGCAGCCUGAUGUCUAACCAACCAGACACUUCAUCACAGAACUCUUAAUCAUUCCAGAAACAACUUUAUAUACACAUUUAUAAUACUCAUUUAAACACAACAAUUAUAAAAAAGAUAAACUGUGAAGCACCUGUGAGAUUUAAACCUGUAGUUUAUUAAUACUUAAAUCUUCUAACUUUAUGACAAUAACUGUUCCUGGGGAGGAAUUAACCACCUUACCCAAUCUCUAAAAAAUACUGUGUACUAAUAUUUGUGUUUACCAUAAAUUAAUAAGUCUUUUAAAGCAAUCUCAAAUGAUUUUUUUAAACUUUUAUCUCCUUUAGAGUCUUUAGAUUUACAAAACUUCACCAGUGGGUUUUUUUGUAGUGUUUUUGUAGUGUUUUUGUAGUGUUUUUGCUUUUUACAGCUGAACUUAAAUAAUUUUGUCUCGAGAUGAGCGACCGUAAUGCAGCUGCGAAGGACGAGCCAGGCAACAAGGGUCUAGCUUCAUGAAGGCACAGAAAAAGGAAGUGGGCGUGGUUUGAUGUCAGUCUGAUUGACCGUGGCGGUGGCGCACUGCACAAAUUAAGUGGGCAUUAAAAUAAAGUCAUUUGUGUUUUCACUAAAGUUCGAUUUUGUCGUUUCUCUUAGAAAAAUAAAUAAAUAAAUGUUCCUAAAAUGUGAAGGUGGAACACCAACUGAAGGAGAAAGAAAAUGCAGUAUAAUAUGACAUGAUAAAUAAUCAUAUAAUGGGUUUCAUGGUAGUUUUUUUUUUCCCAAAAAAGUGAACUAAUGUGAGAAUUUGAAACAAUUCAAAUUGUGUCAAUUGCAUGUAGAAAAUCCCCAAAUAUAAAAAUAAAAACAGUAACGAUUAACCUA